GAUUAACCAAUAAUAUGAGGGUUUCAUAAAAUCGUAACCAAUCAAAAACGUCGUUUCAUUGUACUCCUAACUUGGCAGGUAAAAUAAAUCGAACGAAUGCUGAUUUGACGUUGUCAAUGUCAGGUCGUGUUUGGUACUCCUUCACUCCUUUGGCGUUGCUAAUUCUGUUCACUAUUUUCAAGACUUAAUGGUGUUGUAUAAUGUCUUCAACUGAAGAUGACAGUAGUGUGCCCAUUCUGCCAUCUGACUCACCAGGGAGUUCUGUCUCAACAACGUUGCAGGAUGAGUACCAGGAGUUGCUGAAAUAUGCAGUGGUAGCACCAAAUUAUGACCCCACUAACUUGCCACAGUCUCUGGCUCAAGCUGUCCAUGCCUUCUCCAACAGACCUAGGAGGGAUGAGCUCAUAUUUGAAGACUCCUCAGUUACCUCAACACCAGAGAAGAGUGCUAGUGCAGACACAUCGAGAGACAAGGAGAGUGAGCAGGCAUUACAAGGAUCAAACUCAGAGGUUGAGUCAGACUAUAGGCUGGAACAGACUGGAGAUGAAAUUACUCCAGUUCGACCCAGUUUGCUUGCAGCAGCAACUCCUGAGACACCUGAAACGGAUGAAUCAUCAGUAUCAGACACAUAUACGUCUAGGAGCAGUGUCAUGUCACCUUCCAUUGACCAGGACUUAGCAAAGAUGGAGGCAAACCUAGACAAUUGGUGCUUGGAUAUGAAACGCAAUAUCCUGGCUGAAAUGAGUCAAUCAAAGAUAUCUUUGAUUGAACGUCAUCGCCAAGAGAUCAGGGCAAUCAAAGACAGGCAUAACAAAGAAGUCAAUCAACUCCAGAAUGAGAUUGAGAACCUGAAAGAGCUUUUGCACACUUACGAGGUUUCCAUUGAGCGUAAGGAUGGUGUAGUUUCUAACCUGACAAGGGCACUUCAGAGACAAAAGGAGCGUUUUGAAAUGUUGAAGCGAUUUCAGGCGUGGAAGCUCCGGCAUACAGAGGAUCGUAGAGAGGCCUUCACCAGCAAGUUAGCAGUAAGACAGCGAGAACGCCAUUUAAUGACUAAAGUGUGGGGUGCCUGGCACAGUGUAAUUGAAGCUAAAUGGAAACAGCGUGUGGAGAAAGCCUGCCAGUCCAAAGCACAAGAAGUGUGCAUGUCACUCACCAAUGACUAUGAGACCAGACUUGCCUCGUUGAAUGAAGCCUUAGAGUCCUCAAGGGCUGAAGUUACACGUCUACAUUCUGAACGUGAAAUGUAUGAAGAAACAAUGAAAAAGGCAUUCAUGCGAGGAGUUUGUGCCCUCAAUCUGGAGGCUAUGACCAUGUUUCAUGAAAAUGAAGAAAAUGACGGUGGUAGGUGUGACUCCGAUAAUGCUGCUACCCACCAGCCUUCCUCAGCCACCUUGAGCAUACCAACACCUACCCAGACAGUGACAAAUACCAAGACAACAUCCCAGCCACGCACAGUGACAAGUCAAAGUGCAACAACUCCAGGCACACUCACUCAAAGUGUUGGAGGAUCAAUGAACAGGGUUACUACCACAAGGACAACCCAUAGGUACAAACCCCCCAAGACCAUCACAGCCAGGAUCUCAACACGCCCAGACAGUGGUAAGAUGGGACAGCAGACUGAAGCUACCUUAGCCCCGCCUAUGAGUUCUGUCAUGGUAGAACGACAUCAUCCUAUUAUACAGCAAACCAUUGGCCAUGCAUUAGCAUCCAAGUACCCCCAAGCAACAGGAGAAACAUCCCAUGGAAGUACUGGUGCUCGUCAGCCCCUCCUAGGUAAUUCCCACUCUAAUAAGCAGCAGCUUUCUGGACAAAUAAGUCAACAAUCAGCGGGUGUGGCCAAGAGAAAGAUACCAGGGCAAAGUGGACGUGCAAUGUUGGCUGAAUCACCCAACAUCCACACAGUCAAAGUGGUUCACUAGUUGGAUGUGAAACAAGAAUGACAUGUUACAUGUAAUAUCCGUGAUGGAAAAGAUUACAUUUCAGAUUGUGGAAUUAACGUUAAAAGUUUGUUCCAUUGUAGCUGCCUCUAUCCUGGAUCGUCAGGGAUUAAUAACCCAGACAACUAGAUAGUGCAAAUAUGCACACAUGUAUUAUUCCUGUCUGACUUUUUGUUGCCUCUGCUUAGCUUGACUGCAGAUACUCAGGAUUUAAAAGAUAUUUAGGAAUUACAUGUACAUGUAUGAAGCAUCAUAAUUAAACUCCCAGAAGCAUUUAGAGUUUCAUCAACUAUCCAGUUCUUUUCUGAGCUUCCAAAUAUACUGAGAUUUGAUGUGUUACAUAGGGAUGAAGCUUACCAAAACUGCUUUCACACACUGCCCCGAAAGGUAAGCAAUAAGAUCACUGCAAUGUUUCAAGUCCGAUUCCUUUUGCAAAUACUGGGCUAUGUUUUUUUAAAUAGUUUUAUUUCCAUAAACAUGUACUUGAAUUCCUAUCCUUCAGUUCUUAUUCCUGGGUAAUACCUAAAAGCCCAUGUUGUCAGAUCAAACCAUCUAAUUCUGCAGUCACAAUUCCCUCUAGUUACGUUAUAUUCCAGGAUACUUGUGGGACUUAAAAACGUAUUAGAUUGUAACACUGUAUAAAGAAUGUUAAUUCUGAGGACCAAAUAAAACGUGAAAAAAAAAUUAAGAAGGGUUCGUUUUCCCUUUUAAAUUUUAUUUUUCGCUUUUGAAUUUAUUUCUGUGAACUAUGGAGUAAGAAUCUGGAAUAUCAAUCAAGAGUUUUAAUGCUACUUGGCAAACUGAUUACACAUUUUGAAUUCCAUGUGAUCUAGGAAAUGCUAUAAAUUGAAUGCAGUUUUUAUAAUAUUCGCGACAUUUCAUUUAGCCUCAGCAAAGUGCUUAAAAUAUCUAAAGAAGAAGAGCAAAGGAACCAAUUCCCAAAGGUUAUCCACAUGAGGCUACCACCUUCUCCCCAUUAUUUAAUACCUCAUUUAUUCUGACUAUGACAAGACUGGGCCAGACUGAAUGUUCUGUAGUAAGCUAAGUUGACUCUGGUUUAUUAAGUUUUUAAGAACCAUAAUAAUUUAAGAAUGAUGGGUUUUUUUAUUAAAUUUCUGUUGUGUUUGUUUGGUAUUUUGCUUUUUAAAACUGUUUUUGUUUUGUGUGCGUUAGGCAUGUUAUAUAUUUUGACUUUUCGUUAAGCAAUGUUUAAAUAUAUACAUUUUGUAAAGACAGUUGCGCUCGGUUGUGUGUAAUUUAGAUUGUAAUUAACACCAACGUACUUUGAGUGCUGAAACUGUGAAGUCCGUGUAGAAGUUUGUAAAGUAUGGUUUAGGGUUAAAUUUAUUCGGUUGGAUUAUUAUAAUAUUUUUUUUGUCAUUUUAUUUAGAAUUUAGAGGUACAUGUAAAUGAAAGAUUAAACUUUCUCGAGGAUGACGAUUUGAAUGCGAAGAUCCCGAGACAGUGCUA